CUUUAUAGCGCAUUCUUUGGAGGAGUGUUUAGGGUUUCUAGUCCCGGCGCGGUCAUGGCCAAGGCGCUGCUGUUCCUCGGAUUGCUGGCGAUUGGGGCCGCCGCGGUAGCUGCCGAUGUGGUGUUCUACGAGCCUUUCGAUGGUUCUUGGGAGAGUCGAUGGACCGUUUCUGGCCACAGCGAUUAUCAAGGCCACUGGAAGCACGAGAAGAGCGAGGGUCACGAGGAUUACGGCCUUCUUGUGAGCGAGCCGGCCAAGAAGCACGGAAUCGCGGCUACUCUGCCCAAAUCGGUAGAUCUCAAGGACGACGUCGUGGUUCUCCAGUACGAUGUCCGGCUCCAGAAGGGGUUGGAGUGUGGCGGCGCCUAUCUCAAGUUCCUCCUCCCGCAAGAGGCUGGAUGGACGCCCGGCGAUUUCAGCAACGAGUCGCCCUACUCGAUCAUGUUUGGGCCGGACAAAUGCGGCGCCACCAACAAGGUCCACUUCAUCUACAAGCACAAGGGCCCCAAAUCCGACAAGCACAUCGAGCAUCACCUCAAGUACCCGCCAUCGCCAGUGGCUGACAAGCUCUCUCACGUCUACACGGCAGUGAUCUACCCGAACAACACGCUCAAGAUCCUCGUCGACGGCAAGGAGGAGAAGAGCGUCGACCUCCUCUCGAGCGACUUCGAGCCGGCCGUGAUCCCGCCCAAGACCAUCCCCGAUCCCGACGACAAGAAGCCCGAGGACUGGGACGAGCGGGCGAAGAUCCCCGAUCCGGAAGCGACCAAGCCCGAGGAUUGGGACGAGGACGCUCCACUGGAGAUCGAGGACGUGGAGGCGGUCAAGCCCGAUGACUGGCUGGACAACGAGCCGGACGAGGUUGACGAUCCGGAAGCUAGCAAGCCCGCGGACUGGGACGACGAGGAGGAUGGCGAGUGGGAGCCCCCGAAGAUCAGCAACCCAAAGUGUGAGGAAGCGUCUGGGUGUGGAGAAUGGAAGAGGCCCAUGAAGAGGAACCCGGACUACAAGGGGAAGUGGUAUCCUCCGAUGAUCGACAACCCGGCUUACAAGGGGAUCUGGGCUCCGAAGCAAAUACCGAACCCGGAGUACUUCGAGUUGGACAGGCCGGAUCUAGAGCCGAUCUCGGCGAUAGGGAUCGAGAUCUGGACGAUGCAGGACGGCAUUCUUUUUGACAACAUCCUGGUGGCGACCGACGAGGCUGUGGCAGCAGAGUACAGGGAGACGAAAUGGAAGCCCAAGUACGAGGCUGAGAAGGAGAAGCAAAAGAUUGAAGAAGCGACUCCGAGUCCUGACGGCAUCCAGGCAAAGAUGUUUGAGUACCUGCGCAAGGUUGCCGACAUCCCGGCUUUGGCGUCACAGAAGGAAAAGAUUCUUGAUCUUCUGGAGAAGGCCGAGAAGUUCCCAACCAUUUCUUUGAGCGCCAUAGCUUUGAUCCCGCUCGUCGUGGUGGUCACGCUGUUUAAGAUUCUAUUUGGUGGCAAGAAAUCGCCCCCAAAGAAGACGAAGGUGACCGUAGAGAAGUCCAAGAAGGAAGACAUCUCCAGCCCGGACGAUUCCAAGGACAAGGCGGAGGACGACGCGACAGGCAACGAGAUUGAGAAGGAAGGCGAGGGCGCCCGCCAAAGGAGAACCCGACGCGAAUCGUAAGAAAACAGGAGGCGAGAGAGAGCUAGAAGAAUCAAAGCUUUUACUCGAGAGAAGACAAGAGAAGAGCGCUCAAAACGUUGUAUUGUAAGUGGAUGUUUCCCUUUUUUUUGGAUUUUACUUGAAUCACUAUAGUACCUGAAGUACAUAGAAUUGCUGAAUAGAUUCUACGAGAUUCUACU